GGGCGAAGAAGGGAGCGCCGCCCCGCUGCAGCCUCUCCACAUAAGGAACGGGAGCCUUUCGGCGUGCGCAGGGCGGCAGCUCCGUGAUCCCGAGAGCGGGCGGCGCUGCAGGCGGAGCCUGGGUGGGGGGAGCAGCGGGAGGCCUGACCCGUCUGGAGCGGGCUGCGGAGCUACUGGCGGCAGAGCCCGGGCGGAUAAACCGGCAGCCAGGAGCAGUUAGACUGGGAUCAGGCCAGGAAUAAGACCGGGAUCAGAUCGAGAGUCGGUAGACCUGGAUCAGACCAGGAGUCGAUUGACUGGGAUCAGUACAGGAGUACAUAGACUGGAAUUAGACCAGGAAUAAAGAGGAGACAGACCGAGAUCGGAUCAGGAACAUACACCGGGAAUGGAUCAAGAGCCAGUAGGGGAAACUGGGAUCAGACCAGGAGCAGAUAGACUGGAAUUACAUAGAGAAUAAGGAGGAGACAGACCAGGAAUGGGGAGCAGUUAAACAGGGAUCAGACCAGGAAUCAUGAUGGGAUAGACUGAGAUCAGACCAUGAGCCGGCAGAGGACACUCGGUUCGGGCUAGGAAUAGGGAACAGUUAAAUUGGGAUCAAACUAGGAGCAGUUAAACUCGGAUCAGACCAGGAGUUAGGAGCAGGUGGACCAGGAUCAAAUCGGAAGGCAGCUGAGAAAAUCAGGAGUCAGGAGCAGACUGGUUGGGAUCAGACCAGCAGCAGUUAAUCCAGAAUAAAAUCAGGAGUAGGCUGAGGGGUAUUGGGACCCGAGCGGGAGACUGGGUCAGACCUGGAGUCUGUUUUGAUCCUUCUGUUUGUCUAGCACGUUGAAGGGCGGGGUCCUUCCCGAACAGUGCUAGUCCGGGGCUCCAGCAUUGGUUUGCCUUGUCCAAGACUGUGCCCAGGAUGAGGAUCCAUAGACAAUGAACUCUUCUCUCUGGUGAGAGGUGAUAAUUGACUCAAGUUCAGGACAUCUACUGCUCUUCAGUUUGAGGGCUUGACGAUUGACUGGAUUUUCGCUUGACACAAUCUUACCAUUAUUGGAUUAUGUAUUGAUCACGACCAGGUGUAUUGAUGAAUGGACCAUCGUUUUACUGAUUUAUCAAUAUUGGAUUAUUGUUGAACCAUUGCUGGGCUGCAGAUUGAUCAGAAUCGGAUUACCAAUUAACCAGUGGUGGACCGUUGAUUGACUGAUGGAUUAUUAUCUGUUAUUGGGUAACUAAAUGAUUUGCAAACCAAUCCAGGCCAGUCCUGGAGUAUUGUCUACUACCCGUCUACGGUCGCCUGUCAAUGGCCCUGCUGAUACGGAGGAUGCCCAGAGUGGAUCUAAUCUUCGGUUUGAUGGUGUGAAGACUCUUCUCUAAACUCACAGAAACGCCCUUUUCCCUGCCACCACCCUGUCGACAGCCAGAGGAAGAUGUGAAUCAGGGUUGGGUUGAGUUUGGGUGGGAAGGGGUUCACCUUUGCAGAAAAUGUCGCGUGAGCCAGCACUCCGAUUGGACUUGUCCAGUGACAUCCUGGUACCUGACUGUGGACCUCACUCGGCUCCCGCAUCAGGCUCCAUGUCCGGGUGCAACUGCCUCCGCCCCUCGUCGUACAGGGCCCUCCGUAGCGCCGUCUCCACCCUGGCCAGGAUCGACGACUUCUACUGCGAGAAGAUCGGAUCGGGAUUCUUCUCUGAGGUGUUCAAGGUUCGGCACCGGAUGUCCGGGCAGGUGAUGGUCCUCAAGAUGAACAAGUUACCGAGCAACCGCGCCAACAUGCUGCGUGAGGUGCAGUUGAUGAACCGUCUCUCCCACCCCAACAUCCUGCGGUUCAUGGGUGUGUGUGUCCACGAGGGCCAGCUACAUGCUCUGACCGAGUACAUUAACGGAGGAAGCCUGGAGCAGGUUCUGGGCAGCAAGGAGCAUCUGCCCUGGUUGGUCCGAAUCAGGUUGGCACUGGACAUUGCAAAGGGCCUCUGCUACCUGCAUUCCAAGGGAAUCUUCCAUCGGGACCUUACAUCCAAGAACUGCCUGGUAAAGUGCGAGGAGAAGUCCUACACUGCUGUGGUGGGAGACUUUGGGCUUUCUGAGAAGAUUCCAAACUACAGCGGUGAUGGGGAGAAGGUGCCACUGGGCGUGGUUGGAUCACCAUACUGGAUGGCACCUGAGGUUCUGAGAGGAGAGCUGUACGACGAAAAGACAGAUGUCUUCGCUUAUGGCAUCAUUCUGUGCGAGAUCAUUGCCCGAAUACCAGCUGAUCCGGACUACAUGCCCCGCACUGAGAACUUUGGCCUGGAUGUGAAGACUUUCCAGAAGAUGGUGGGAGACUGCCCCCCUGUGUUCCUGGACCUGGCCGUCCUCUGUUGCAAUUUGGAUUCCACCAAAAGGCCAUCCUUUAAAGAGGUUGUUCAAAGACUAGAGGUGAUCCUGGAUCAGAAGCUGUACGAGAACACAGCUCCAGUUAUUGACACAGCAAGAGACCAUCAUAUAACAGUUGAAGUGUCAAGACUGCCUAAUGGAGGCGGCCAGUGCCAGGAAGCAGCCCGGAGCGGUAGCGGAGGGCGUCCCCGGGGCACCAGCGACGGCCUGUCCAACAGCCUGCGAAUCCAGUGCGAGCCCCGGCUGUCGCGCAGCCACUCGGACAUGCUGUCGCCGACCAGCGAGCUGCCGGGACUGCGAGCCCGGUUUAAUCCGUUCUCGGGCCGGGAGGAUCUGAAGGGGGGCAAGAUCAAGCUGUACGACUCGCCCAGCAAGUCGGUCAUCUCGCUGACCUUCGAGCUGCCGCCCGCCGCCGCCUGCCACGUCCCCAUGCCCACCACCCCCGAGCCGCUGACGGGGGCGGGCCGCGGCCUGCCCGCCCUGCUGCUGCCGGCCCGACGCUGCUACUCACUGCCCUCGUCGCCCGUGCUCAGCCGCGGGUCGCGCUUCUUCCGCCAGACCGGGCCGCUGUGCCGCCUCGGGCUGGGGGCGGACGACAGCGACCAGGAGGAAGAGCAGCCGGCGGCCGAGACUCAUGAGCCCUCCUCCGGGUACGGGGGAGCCAGUGGGGCCUCCGGCUCCCCAGAACUCCACCGGGAAUCCGCCUCGGACGGCAGGCCGUACGGCGGCGGCGCAAACGUGAUAGUCAGCGAGCCGAUCCCACCCUCUGGAGGCGACCGGGUUACUGGGCAACGUGAGCCGGUCUCCGGCACCGCGCAUGCGUCGUCGUUAACAGUCGCAGCGCGGGAGACCGGGCUGAUGGACACUACGCAUGCGGAGGCGUUUACAGUGCCGGCACGGGGUGCGGGGCUGACGGAGAGUGUGCGUGCUCUCGCGACAGCUUCCCAGUCGAACAGUAUUCAUGCUUCCACGGUUCCCGCACGAGGCACCGGGUUGACGGACAAUAUGCACGCGGCGAUGACAAAGUUGUCCGUGAGAGAAAUCGGGUUAACGGACAGUGCGCAUGCGCUGACAAUCGCUCCGCCGGGGAAUGAGAGUGCGCAGGUGCCGGUGCUGACAGUGACAGCGCCGGGUCGGGGGCGAUCUGCCAGUGCGCAAGCGCCGGUGUCGAUGAUCGACGUCAGCGUGGGGCAGCCGCGUGGUGAGGUCGCGCAUGCGUCUGAGGUUCCACUGGUGUGUGAUGGCGGGUCGGAGGCAGACGAGCCGGUGUCGUGCCCGGGUUGCUGCCUACCGGGCUUCGCCUUCCUCCCGCCCGUGUGCGUGCGGCCGAACCGAUCCGCCCGCUACCGCAGCCUGAGUUACCCUUCCGAGCAGGGCCCGCGACACAUUCCCCAGGCCUAACCUUGUCCCGAGAGUGGCCCUGUCCUCAUCCCGGCCAACCCUCCACCCACAAGAGAUCAAUCUCACCCGUUGCCAACCUCCACCCCGGGGAGACACGCACACAACCCCAAACCGAGUCUCGCAGAGACUCUCCCUCACCCGCCACCGAACUCCACUGAGUUCCUCACACCACAGUUCCUUUUCUGACCCGCCCCUCCCAAGGACACCCUUCCACUCACCAGUCACCUCCUUCGGAAACCUUCCGUCUCAGCUGCCAACCCCGUUCGCCUGUUUGAUCUCUUCAUUUCCCCAUCUCCCCCAGUUAGACAUCAGGCUGACCUUGGCCUUGUAUAUAAGCGCAUGGCUGCUUUGGUUCAAAAGAUUUUAGAUCUCGGAAGUUCCUUGUAUUAAUCAUUUCUCUUAUGAUUUUUUAACGCAAAGGGAGAGGGGUGGUUAGUGUGGUACAUUCAGGUGGUGCCUUUAACAAUACCUGGUGCAAUAUUUUGCCUUUGAGUGGGGCACAAAUCUUAAACUGGUGUAUACACACAAUGGAUUUUGGUUUUAUUUUGUCUUUGUUUAUUUUUGAUCUGUGCACUUGGAUUUUUUUUUUAAACUGCUACUUGCUUAUGGUGUACUUUAAGCAAUACUUAUACCUCGCGGAGGGUUUAUUCUCCAAUCACCCCCGAAGGGAGAGAUGGGUCUCCACCCUAACUGGCCUGAGUUUGAGGGCAUCUGUCCAGCACUGGCUUCCCCCAAUUCACGGUAGUUUGGAUGUGACCAGUGGCAGAUUAAAUGGGCGGCUCUCUGCGAUUACAAGACGCAGAAGCAGAAUUAGGCCAUUCGGCCCAUCAAGUCUGCACCAUUCUGUCAUGGCUGAUUUAUUAUCCCACUCAACCCCAUCACCUUUGCUGCCUUGACUAAUGGCAAUCAUUGUUGACUGGGAGAGUCAGUAGCUAAAUGCAGAGAAAGCUCUCAGCCCCAAGAUGAUGGAAAUGUCUAACCUAACCCGUGAGAGCUGAGUUCCUGCGCUAUGUGCACAGAUGCCUGCCCUGGCGUCAUUCAGUUAAAGAUCCCCAUAUCGCUGCUUGGAAUUGCCUGCAGGGAAUAUGGGAACCAGAGAAAUCAUGGUGUUUAUAUAAUCUACUAUACCUCUUAAUUCCAGUGCAGUGAACAGGACAAUAGCUACACCAUCACAUAAUGUAUAGUUAGCCCUGUGCUGUGUGUUCCUGUAACAAAAGGGCUGAGGUAUUUUGCAAUGUAAGUCUUGGGGUGGGGGUUGGUAUUGGAAGUGGGGGCAGUCAUGUACCAAUGUACAGACAUCCACACAUUGACUUGGCCUCUGAAACCAUCUUCCAGGGAAGGAACCCCAACAGAAAACUCUCCCAGGGAGAUACACGAGAGGGAGACUUGUUAUUAUAGGGGGAGCUCAUCCACGGAGUGAGUGGGUUCCCAAUGUAAAGAUGCAUUUCCCCCACUAGACUUGACUGAGAUUCCAAGCAGUUGUAAAGAUACAUCUCCCUGAGAGAGAGAGAGAGACGAAGAUACUCAGCUAUGUACAGAUAAAUCUUGAAAGAGGGGAAACUGAGAGAUCCCAGUGUGCACAGAUAUGUUGUUGUAAAUUGGGCAAAUAUUGUUCUAUUUUGAGGACACCUUUUGUAACCAUUUGGUUAAUCUUUCUUGCUUUUUAUUGUCUGACUGAAGAGUCAGAGUUUAAUAAAGCUUUGAUCUUUGA